AUGCCAGGACAUGCAGGCAGCCCGUACUGGGCCACUGUUGAUUUCGACAGCGAAGGUGAAGAAACCCAGGCUACCUCGGGUAAUCAUAGGGUAUAUUUGGAUCCAUGGGACAACGAGGCUUACGGAGUGAUGCAAGCCGAGACAACAGAAUCAAGUCAAGGCGACUUUGUCGGCGAACCAGUCAGUGCUAGUUUUUAUUAUGUUCCUACAAAAAACUAUGAUUCUGGAGAGGAACCGCCGUUGCCACCUCCGAGGUGGAAGAAAACACCGCCUGCAGAAGUCCUUGCACCAGACUAUGCAGUGUAUAGCCGUAGAGCGUCAAGAGUCGUGGGCCCUGACUAUCCUCUUGAAACUGCAAUUUACGGCGAGAGACCAAUAAUGGAUCGUCGAAGGUCAAUGUUUGUAGAAGACCCAACAUACAUGCCUCACCCAAUGUUGUACGAGCCGCUAUAUGGGUGUGUGCCACCAGGGUACAUGCCUCCACCUCCUAGACCACGCAUUUCACUUACUCAUCCUCCCGAGCAACUAAUGCCCGGCGUAGGAUAUGUCAACCCCAGGAGACACUCCAGGAUGACAGAUGUGUAUGAACAGUUCGCGUACGAGAGCCUGUCACCUGAUUAUGAAGACUGGGCGCGACCUUUCCCGAAGGCCGUUCCUGAUAACUUCCACCUGUCCAGAUAUGGACAUCUUGAGAUCGACUACUCUUGCAGUUGGAAUUCACUUGAUAGACUUAUUCGUAGCCAGCAUCGGCCAGCACAAGAAUGA